UCAGGUAAAAAGAAAUUUCGAAUAGUAAUAGACUAUCGAAGUCUAAAUGAAAUAACUAUUGAUGAUAAGUAUCCGAUACCAGUUAUGGAUGAAAUACUUGACAAACUUGGAAAGUGUCAAUAUUUUACAACAAUUGACCUUGCCAAGGGUUUCCAUCAAAUUCAAAUGGAUGAAAAUUCUAUUUCAAAAACAGCUUUUUCUACUAAAAAUGGACAUUACGAAUACACACGAAUGCCAUUUGGUCUGAAAAAUGCGCCUGCAACUUUCCAACGUUGCUUGAACAAUUUAUUAGAAGAUUUAAUAUACCAGCAUUGCCUUGUUUACAUGGAUGACAUAAUUAUAUUUUCUACUUCAUUAGAAGAACACAUAUUGUCCAUAAAAAAGGUGUUUUCAAAACUUCGAGAAGCUAAUCUUAAACUUCAACUUGACAAAUGUGAGUUUAUGAAAAAGGAAACUGAAUUCCUUGGACAUAUAAUAACAACAGAAGGAAUAAAGCCAAACCCCCAAAAAAUUGAGGCAAUACAAAAAUUUCCAAUACCAAAAACUCAAAAAGAAAUAAAAUCAUUUUUAGGUCUCUGUGGAUUUUAUAGAAAAUUCAUACCUGAUUUUGCUAAAAUUGCAAAACCUAUGACUGUAAACUUAAAGAAAGGUUCCACUAUAAAUUCAACCAAUAAAGAAUAUUUAGAAGCAUUUGAGAAAUUAAAACUUCUUAUUACAUCAGACCCAAUUUUAAUUUACCCUAACUUUGAAAAAUUAUUUUCCUUAACAACAGAUGCUAGCAAUGUCGCCAUAGGCGCAGUAUUAUCGCAAAAUCAUAAACCUAUUUGUUAUGCAAGUAGAACUCUUAAUGAACAUGAAAUUAAUUAUUCAGCAAUAGAAAAAGAGACAUCUCCAACCGAUUCUUGUGUCGGAGACAAGGAUUACAGUAUACUACGGGUGGUCGAAAACAGUAUUCCCCAAUCGAUGACCAUUUCGGAAAUUGCCAACCAUUCAACAAAAGAUGAGAUAAUCGAUGCAAUGUGCUGUUUGGACUGCGACUCAUGGAAACCUGGAUCCCUAAAAGAACUUUACCCAUUUCGCUAUGAGCUCUCAGCUAUAGGAGCCCUUCUGUUGCGUGGUAACCGCAUCGUGAUCCCGACAUCGCUUCGAAACCGAGUGCUUGAGCUGGCUCACGAAGGGCAUCCGGGAGAGUCUGCUGAGAAAAGACGUCUGCGAUCUAAGGUAUGGUGGCCGCUGAUUGACCGUGACGCAGAAAAAUACGUAAACCAUUGCACAGACUGUCCUCUGGUGUCACAAAACCCAAAGCCAGCACCAAUGGAACGGAAUCCAUUCCCAACUGGUCCGUGGAUUUGGGUAGCUUCAGACAUAUUGGGGCCCUUACCAAAUAAUGAAUUCGUAGUAGUAUUUAUUGACUAUUACUCUCGCUAUAUGGAGUUCAAAUUCUUACGCUCUAUUACGUCAGCCAGUCUGAUUGAAGUGAUGAGGGAGAUUUUCUGUAGGCUGGAGUACCCGAAACAUUUAAGAACUGACAAUGGACGACAGUUCAUAAGUCAAGAAUUCGAGGAGUACUGCAAAACUUGCGGCAACACUCAACCCAGGAUAACAUCAACCCAGGAGAACCAUGGAGACGAUGAACGGAAAGGCCAGCAGCGUAGACAGUCCACGGAUAAACUGGACCCUUUGCCCACCAAGUCCUUGAAGCUAAAACUCGUUAACAAAGGAGGGAUGUGGGAGCCGGUAACGGGCGGUGACGUCACAAACGAGAGCGGAGAUGCUGCCAGAGAGAGAGUAAAGGGAUCGACGGACAAGAGCGACUUGGCAGUCGAGGAAUAG